AUGUCCAACCUUAUCGACGCCGAUGCAGGCACCGAGCGCUUUAGCGGCUACGAAGCCGAGUUGAAGCUGGUGCAGGCCGACCUCAGCCAGCAAAUAGAGCAGAUCAAAGAGACCAGCGGAGAGCCCCGAAAAGCCGCUAUCAGCAGGGCAGAGCGCGCGCUGGAAGAAGCCGAAGAGCUGAUCGGCCAAAUGCGCCUCGAAAAGUCCAACAUCCCCGCCAACCUCAAGUCGAAAUACAACGCGCGCUUCCGCAACUUCGAACACGACCUCGACACGCACAAGCGCAAGCUAGAAACCUACACGACAGACAAGGCCAAGCUCUUCGGCGACCGCUACACCGACAACCCCGAAGGCGGCGAUGCGCAGCUCGAGCAGCGCCAGCAACUCCUCUCCGGAACCGAUCGCCUGAACAGGUCGAGUGGCCGGCUGAGGGAGAGCCAGCGCAUCGCGCUCGAGACGGAGCAGAUUGGCGCGGGCACACUGAGCGAUCUUCAUAGGCAGAGGGAGCAGAUUACGAAUACAAGGGAGAGGCUGCUGGAAAGUGAGAGUUAUACCGAUCGGAGUAUUAAGACGUUGAGGGGUAUGGCGAGACGGAUGGCUACGAACCGCAUCAUCACGAUUGCUAUCAUUACCGUGUUGGUGCUGCUUAUUAUUGCUGUCAUUUACAGCAAGUUCAGAUGA